CAGAACAUGGGGAUUCUUCCAGAAGAGGUGAUGGACAAUAGCACUGAGGACUGCAACAUUAAUCAUGAAAUACACCAGAAAUUGUCACCUGUGGUAUAUAUACUUGUCUUUGUAGUAGGACUCCCAGCCAAUUGUCUCUCGUUGUACUAUGCUUACUUGCAAGUUAAGGUCAAGAAUGAAUUAGGAAUAUACCUUUGCAAUCUAACCAUAGCUGAUCUGCUUUACAUUUUCUCUCUACCUUUUUGGCUCCAGUAUGUUUUGCAGCACGAUAACUGGACUUACAAUGAACUCUUGUGCAAAAUUUGUGGCAUCCUCCUUUAUGAAAACAUUUAUAUCAGUGUGGGUUUUCUCUGCUGUAUCUCCGUUGACCGUUAUCUUGCAUUGGUGCAUCCUUUUCGUUUCCAACAGUGUCGUACAAUGAAGGCUGCUGUGAUAGUGAGCAUUGUCAUCUGGACUAAAGAGAUGAUUACUUGUUGGCUGGUUUUUAAACAUGGAGAAGUGAGUAAAGACUCGGAGAGACACUUAGUGUGCUUUGAACAUUAUCCCAUAAAAAUCUGGGAACAUAACAUAAACUUUUACCGUUGCACAGCUGGUUUCCUAUUUCCAUUUUGCCUCCUUAUUUUUUCCUACUAUGGAAUUCUACGUGUUGUCCGGAAGAGUCAUGGCACUCAGAAAAAGAGGAAAAUUCAAAUUAAACGCCUAGUUUCAAGCACAAUCUUAAUUUUCUUAAUUUGCUUUGGACCGUAUCAUGUUCUUUUGUUAAUACGCAGCCUAUUUGAGAAGAGCUGUGAAUUUGCUGCCAGAAUCUUUAACAUCUAUCAUUUUUCUCUUUUAUUGACUACUUUUAAUUGUGUUGCAGAUCCCAUACUAUAUUGCUUUACAAGUGAAAAUACCUACCAGGAUUUUGUCAAAAUGGGACAAUCUUGUUUAAAAUGCCUAAGAUGUAUUCCAAUAGAAAACAAGGAAUCCUAUCCAUUAAAUACUCCAGAAACCAGGAAAAAAGACAACGAACAAGCUGAUCUGGACACAGGAUUGGUUAAAUAAACUCUGUUAUUCAUAAAAUAGAAGUAUGAACUCAUUCUCUCCAAAAUAGUGAUGCAACUUCUCCAUGCACAGAUUGCUUACUUCACUUUUUUACAUCUAAAUGUAGAUAUGAGAAUCAGUACAGCCUGUAAAAUGGUUCAUAACUUAAAAAUACAAUAAAAUCUGCUAUACUGGCAUUCUUUCCAUGUGGGGAAUUCCCUUCUUCCUUUAAAAGAAUCAGCUUCAUUCAAUUCAAACUUCACUCCAAUGUGUUAGAUAGACAAACUAUAUUAACUUUGAAGUUUAUAAGCUAUCCAGACACAUACACUUUGGAUAAAAAUAAUAUUCUAGAUUUUAAUAGUGUAUUCUUGGAAAGUUGAUGUCAAAACAUAUUUUUAUAAUCAUG